CUGCUUAAAUUGCGGCCCGCAGAGCCAGAAGCACGCAGUCGGAUGUAGGCACCGGGCUGCAGCUGGCGAAGAAGCAACAGGCGCUUUCGCCCCCCGCCCCCCCGCCCCCCCCUCCGUGGGCUCCAUCGCGGCACCGAGGAGCAGCAGCUGGUAUCCAGCCGGGAUGAAGCUGCUUGUCAUGUGCUUGUGCACCGUGCAUUUGGUCGCUGUCGGUGCGGGCCUGAGCAGCGACAGCGGUCCUCGCCCUGGCCGAAGCAGCGUGUCAGUCAGCAGGGCCAAAGCUCCGCAGAAGACGCGGUCCCUCAGCGCAGGGCCUGUAAUCCAAGACAAACAGAGACCGCUGUUUGCGAGGAGAGGACAAUAUGAAAGAAAAAGGAUUCCAGCACCGAAGCCCAAAGUGGUCCAUGGUCCUGCAAAGGACACUCCUCCAACCUCUAAAGUGUCACCCAAACGGGUGAACCCUACCUGCUCUCAGCUCACACGAAGCUGUUUGCCCCAGUUUGGCUGCUGUGCCACGAAUGCCACAUGCCACUGCCGCUUCUUCAACGCAAUAUGCUUCUGCCGCCGGUCAACCUCGUAAUACCACUAGAGAAGAUAAAGAAUGCUAAAGUAACUAAACCGAGGCACAAAAAAACUUAAACUGACAGUACAGGCCAACAGACACAGAUAGUAUCGCUCACGCUGCCACCAUUGCGUUAUGAGUUUAAACGCCUGAGCCAACAAGAUGAUGCAUCACAUGUGUGGGAAGAUAAGCAUCAUCGCACAGUCAGCAUCUCAAAUGAAACAGAAACUUUAACCCAGCUUGUGUACCGCUUGUGAAAGGCAGCUGCUUGGAAAAUAGAUCGACACUUAAGCUUAGAAGCUAAAACUCAUUCACUGUUAUGAGAAUUUACUCUAUUGUAUGUUAUCAUUAUUGUUUCUAUUUUGAUGUUGCUUACAUUGUUGUCGCAUUUCACCGGUGUUUCUGCACCGGUGUUAUGUUACCACAUAUACAACUGUUUUGCUUUAUUAACAUUAUUGUGUUCCUAAUGUGUGAAUUUGAUUCAAGAGAUCUGUCUAAUUAAAUAAAUUAUAAA